AUGGCCGCCGCCGAAGCCGAAGUCGCAGACGCGCUCUACAACCUACGACUCAGCAUCAAAGCCAACGCAAUACCCAUCCUCACCACAAGCGCAACGCCCACACCCGCAGAUACCGUCACUGAUCUCGCCCAAGCAACGCACAUCUCGUUCAAUUUCGAUUCGGGCCAACACCGCAACUUUUCUCUCAACACACCCACGCGGUUCGCGCCUGAUGGCAAGCCCGUUGACUUGCGCAGCUGCUACUUUGCAUGGCUUAACAAGGAUGCCUCCGUUACGGAUUACUUUGCCGCCGUGCAGACGCUGAACGAGGAGCUGCCAAGUGGUGCAGGAGGCAGCGUGCAAAACCUGACGUUUGCACAGAAGAUUGAACUGAUUGCCUGGCUGAGUGGAGAGACGGAGAGCAGUGACAGUAUUGCUGCUGUAGAUGGGGGUGCUCUCAGCGCUGCGGCGGGUGACGCUGCUGCCAUUGCGGGUGGGAAGGGAGUUCCAGUUGAUGGUGGCAAGGGCAUCAAGGUAGGAAGUGCAGGAGGCAUGAUGGAUGCGCGAUUACUUCAGAUUUACGAUGGAGAGAGGAAAAUGGGAGAUCACAACAGCGUGUUGAGGGGCACCAAGAACGUCGACUUCUCCCCCUACCGCAAAAUCGCUGCAACCUUCCUGCGCGCUCGCCCCUCGGACCCCAAAGUCCCCGCCCCCCAACCCGCCCUCGUCGCAAACCUCCAAAAGCGACCUCAGCGCCGCCUCCAACCCAUCAUCCUUCUCUCCCCCUCUGCCUCCUCUCUCCUCCGCACUUCAAACGUAAAAACCUUCCUCUCCGACGGCGUCUUCGUACCCCCCAACACAACCGACUCGUCAUCCACGUCCGCCAGCGCAAACAUGAUCCAAAUCCAGCGUCUCCUCCCCUCAAUAUCCUCGCAGCCCCUAACCUUCAUCUGCGUCGACAGCACCGCAUCCUUCAAACCCACGUAUUGGAGCCGUGUUGUCGGCAUCUUUACCACGGGCCAACUCUGGCAGUUCAAGUCGUACAAGUACACGCAGCCUGCGGAGCUCUUUGCCAACUACCCAGGUAUCUAUGUUGGGUGGAGUUCAGAGGAGCCGCCGGAGACGGUCAAGCAGCUCGGUCGUGGUGUGUUGCCUGUGGCUGUGGAUAAGUGGACGGGUAGCGAGAAGGGGAGGUGGAGGGAUAGAGAGGUUGUGGAGAGGAUUUGGGGCAGGAUUGAGGAUGGCAUGCGUAAGGGUGGGUGGACGAGGGACGGACCUGGAUUGGCUGGGCCCCAGACACGGUAG